AUGCUCGCUGCACGGCCUAUGGAAUCUGUGGGCCCAGCGCCGCACGGUGCUAAAACACCUGCUCGGGCUCUGCUGAAGAGUCGUAGUGGGAUGCAGGAGAACGCCAUUCGCUACCCAAUGACAGGAGGAAAAGAUAAGUCCAAGUAUACUGCACAGACGCCAUAUCGCCUCAAGAACGACCAGAACCCUAUGGGACAGGGCCUCUUGAAAUCCAUCCUUGCCACCCAAUCUCGCCCGCUAUUGGAUAAAACACCCUUCCCAAAUCGAACAACGAGGAAUACCAGUAAUACGCCCUUUACGAAACCGGCGAACUUUACAAAACCUACUACGUUGGAUCAGAACUUUCUGCAGCCGGGCAAGACACCCCUUAGACCUAGUUCAACCAGGAAACAUGCUCGUGCCCCACGAAGUGCUUCCAAAAACUUUGAGACACCUCAGACCAAUGGGAACCACUGGGAUGUAGCAGAUGUCAGCAUAUGCCAACCAGAAGUCGACGUUGAGGGAGCGGUUGAUGAACCAGACCACGACGAGAUUGAGUACAUGCCGCCAAAGCCUCUAGAACAACCAUAUGUGCCACCCUUUGACUUCGAUCUGCCCAAUUAUAAGGAGCUCGGAAUAGCUUUGACGAAGGCCAUCCGUACUUAUCCAGUAGACGACACCCCAUUGCCAGAACUGCAGCCUGUCGUUCACCCCGUUGAUGACAUUACGCUGUCGCUGGCGGAAAUUGCCGACGACGACCCAUUCGCACUCUUGAACUUGAAACAAACUACGCCAAAGCCUGCCGCCAUUUCCAGCCGUGUCGCUCCUAGGACUCGGACUAUGUCUUCCGCAACCACUAUCCGAUCAGCCCCUAGUGCGAAGGCAAACUUGAGUAUGAACCCAGUGCCUGUCCGUCGCCCACCAACUUCUAGAGCAACCAGCAAUAUGACCGUAGCAGUUGGGGCUAACUCCAAGUUACCGCCACGCAACAAGCUCGUUAGCAUUAGACCGGCAUCCACACGGCCUAUCACAGCAAGUACUGUGGCCGUUGCUCGGAACCAGGUUUCUAUCCCUCCUAUUCGCAGGCCGGCAACAUCUGCGUCUACAUACAAAUCUUCUCUAGCUCCCAAAACUGUUCGACCCAUCACAACGAGGACGUUUGGUGCUAGGACGACGACGAAAAAGGACGAUUGCGAACCCUUGAAGUUUGAUCUGGUAGUUGAUGAUGAUUUCCGUUUUGAUGUAUGA